UCAAAAUGCUGUGAGUUGCUGCGUAACCAGGGCCACUGACGAAGUAGCAGUGAAGGAGUUUGGCACUCUGAACAAGGAACUAAGAGGCACUAACGCUAUUAAAAAGAUGUGUGAUAGAAACAGUGGCAGAAGACUUCGCCAGUGGCUGAUAGAGCAAAUCAAUAGUGGAUUUUAUCCUGGACUUGUGUGGGAGGAUGAUGCAAAGUGCCUUUUCCGCAUUCCAUGGAAGCAUGCUGGGAAACAGGAUUACAACCAAGAAGUGGAUGCAUCUAUUUUUAAAGCAUGGGCAGUUUUUAAAGGGAAAUUUAAAGAGGGCGACAAAGCAGAACCUGCUACUUGGAAAACACGCCUUCGCUGUGCCUUGAAUAAGAGUCCUGAUUUUGAAGAGGUGACUGAUAGAUCCCAGCUUGAUAUUUCUGAACCCUAUAAGGUGUACAGGAUAGUACCCGAGGAGGAACAGAAAUGUAAGAUACUGGGAAGCAACUUAAGUGAGGGGAUAGAAAUGGAUUGCAGCUCUUCAGAAAUUGAGCCAUCCACUGAUGAUUAUCUGACAAUUAUAAAACGGAGCCCUUCACCCGCAAAAGACACCUGCCAUAAACAGUCACUACAGGAUUGGGCAGUCUAUCCUCACAAUUCAGCAGUGACAGUGAUGGACGGAUAUCCCAUCUAUGAGUCAGUUAGUCAUGCUUUCUCACAGAUGCUUAUUCAAUUUUACUAUAGUGGUAAGUUAGUGGAUCACGUAACAACUACACGUAUGGAUGGAUGCCGCAUAUCUGUAGCCCAACAUCUUACUGGAGGAGAAAACUUUGAGAACAUUCGCUUCCCAACUGCUGAAUUCAUCACAAGUGAACGUCAAAGGCAAAUCACUAAGAAGCUGUUUGGCCAUCUGGAGAAAGGCGUCCUCUUGUUCAGUAACAAGCAAGGCAUUUACAUAAAGAGGCUGUGUCAAGGGCGUGUGUUUUGGAGUGGGAACUGCAUGCAAUAUAAAGAUAGACCUACAAAGCUUGAGAGGGAUGAGAUGGUCAAGAUAUUUGAUACAAAUCAAUAUAUAAGAGAGCUGCAGCUUUGUUACAGCAACCAAGGACGCAUUCCAGAAAGCAAGGUCACACUUUGCUUUGGAGAGGAGUUUCCAGACGCCACUCCUGUGCAUCUCAAAUUAAUCAUUGUUCAGAUUGAGCAGCUUGGUUUGAGACAACUAACUGACGACGCUGCAAAGAGUUAUGGCCCCACAAGUCUGCAUUUGCUACAAGACCCUCAUAUGGAUCAAGUCCCACGCAUUCUCCCAGAUGUUUGUACAACACAUCAGAGAUCUUUUUAUCGAGAAAACCAACAGAUCACUGCCUAAAUCACCAAAUUAUUAUUAUUACUAGUUUUUUAACAGUUAAGGUUUUCUCUCUACACCUGCCUUAUAUGCCAUGGGUUCAACAUCAGCUGUGAAUACAUGAACAGUGGAAAGAUAAGUAGACUACCCUCUUUGGGCUUGUAAUGGAACUCUUCACCAUAAAGAAAGCCUUCUCUCAAUAUGUACAGCACUAGGUGAUUCCCAGAAGAUAUUACCUACUUGAAUCCAUGGGACUGAUUAGAAUUCCAAAAAAGAACGUAUGUGAUGUAGGUCCAACUAGCCCUUUCUGUGAAUGUAAGGUUUACAAAACUCUUUGUAUCUAAGUAAGCUGUAUGUGGUACUCUGAUUGGAUAUGUUCUUGUAAUACAGGUAUAGGAUCCGUUAUCCGGAAACCGUUAUCCAGAAAGUUCUGAAUUAUGGGAAGGCCAUCUACCAUAGACUCCAUUAUACGCAAAUAAUUAUAUUUUGUGAAAAUGAUUUUCUUGUACUUGAUGGUAACUAAGCUGCAUGAAUCCAUAUUGGUGGUCAAACAAUCCUAUCGGGUUUUAUUCAUGUUUAAAUGAUUUUUAGCAGACUUGAGGUCUGGUGAUCCAAAUUAGGGAAAGAUCCCUUAUUUGGAAAAGCCCAGGUCCUAGACCUUAUGGAUAUCGGAUUCUAUACCUGUACAUAUAUAUUUAGCUAUGGCUUUAAACCUCUUUGUGUUAUUUUUAGGUUAAAAAUAGAAAUGUAAGGGGCUAACUGGAUUUGUCUGGUUUAUUAUAUGAACAUGCAUUUAUGCUACAAUUUACUGUUAAAAAGCAAGUGUUAAGAGCUAGCUUGACACUUCCUUUGGGUUAUUGUGGGCCAUCUGCAGCAAUAAUUGCCUGUCUCUCUCUGUUUUUCCAGUUCUUAUCAAUCUGCCUGCUCCUCCUUUGAUACUCCUUGGGGUUUACGUGUCAAAAAGCAGUGAAAAUGUGUCCUGGUCCAUUAAUUUACACCCAACAAUCAGAACUCAGCUUUCAUUGUCUUAAUGCCAAUAGAACAAGGGUGCCCAAAAUAUUAAUCAUGAUUUGAGUUUUGUUAUUUUAAAUUCUGUGUAAGAUAUUGCCUAUGAAGGUUGGAAAUAACUGGUAUAAUAAUUUAUUUAAAUAUUUCUUCAUCUUACUGGGCCUUUAAAUCCUCUUCCUCAAGUCUAGCUGUUCUGUUGUGCACUUGCUAAAUAUUUCCCAACCCGCAGUUUAUAAAAAUGCUGACCAUUAAGAAAUUCAUAAACAUGCUUACAGGCGUUCUUGCUAAUAUUAUCUUGCUUGCAUGUUGUAAUGUGAAAGAGAGUACUCGCAAGCAGAUACCACUUGUUAGUUUGGGUAGGCUGCCCAUGGGUGUAUAUUCACAUGCAUCGUGUUUGUGCCAGCCUGCUGUGGAAUUCUGGGAGUAGAUUUAUAGUUGUAGCUAUCAUAAUAACAUUAUCCUGCAAACUAAAAAAUCUGCACACAUAAACGCAAGCACAGAAGCUGACAUCUAAGCACAAAGAUUAACACCUUUACACACCAGCACUUCUAUAGAGCCAAACACUCACAGAUCCACACUUUCACACCCCUGCACACUCACACAUUCACAGCCCAGCACACACACAUUCACACAUUUACAGCCCAGCACACUCAGAUCUUACACCUGCUUUGUGGGUAAGGGAGCACAGGACUCUUUGAGCAGUAGCUAUCGGGCAGGUAGUACUGUUGCCCAGUGAUAUCAGUUACCCACUGGCUUGCCUUCUCGCUUGCUUUGCUCAUUCACACUUGAACAGAGGAGGUCAAAGCACCAAUUUUAAAUGCACUCGUAAUUUUAAUUGAGGAGGCUUUGUUAUAAUCUGCUAAGAGCAUUGAGAACUAUUUGAAUUACCGUGUAUUGUUUCUUGUCCAAACCAAGAAAACCCAACAUUAUAUGGAAAGUAUUUAGUUUUAACACUGCAGAUUUACUAUGUCCUCCUUCUGUGUAUAUAUUAGGUCUUAGUAUCAGUGAUUUUUUUUUGUCAUUUACUUUAUAUACCUGAUAACUCUGCUCCACCCAAAAGCCAAGUGAAUUUGGUGCACUGUAAAUGAUUUUUUGUUUUUUAUAACAAAUAUUUUUUUAAUAAAUAUUUUGGAGACUGCGAUUCACUUUUGCAUUUUGAUCCCAGGGAAAGCACCCGAUUAUUUUCUAACAUGAAAUUAUUUAUUUUGUAAUUUUAAAUUGUUUAUACAAAUAAAAGCUCUUUAUUUUGUA